AUGUCUGCUACAACUGUAACUAACAACAAUAACAAUAUGGAACAUUCAACUUUCUAUGAACCACUUAGCCUUUUCCGUCAACCUGCUAUCAAUUUGAAAAAGACAAGAGUGGCCUCAACUGAUGAUGGCUCUCAGAGUAUUAGAAAUUAUAAAAGGUCAUGGCAAACUAAUACUAAAAGACUUGGUUCUCCCACUCUAAGGAAAAUUUCAGAAGAAUUGGAAGAUUUCUAUACUACUAAGAGACUUCAAUCGAAAUACUGGAACGUAUCAAAUGAAAAUAAAACUACAAAUUCAAAAUCGAAGACUAUUCCAUCUGGCAUUUCAAUCGAUGGGGAUAACCUUGUCAUUACUAAUAUGGAUUCAACUGAUAAUUUGAAAUUGUUCAGUAUAUCGAAAACAUUUGAUGGAGAUGAUGAUACAGUGAGAUUGCAUAAAUUACAAUCGAUUUCAGUGCCUGGAAAACCAAUAAUUUCUUCUGCAAUAUACCCUCAUGGAGAUUCCUACGAGCAGCUAAUCCUUACAGGACAUCAGGAUGGGUAUGUGAACCUCAUAUCCACUUCCACUGAUAGAAACUCUGAGACAAAUGCAAAAAUAAUUAAAAGGUUCAAUCAUAGCAAAUUUUUGACUAAGUUACCAACCAAAGCUGACCAUGAUAUAAGCACUUUGUUAGAAUCCCAUUCGUCUAAUCCAGUGAAAAAAGUGCUUCCUUGGAGUAAUGAUAAGGGGUUUACAUCAUUAAUCAAUAAUUCGUUAUUCAUUUAUGAUUUAGAAAAAUCAACGUCACCUCAAUUCCUUCAAAGUUUCCCCGGCGUGGAAUCAUUUGCAACUAAUCAUCUCACUUCAUACAUCAUUGCAUUAUGUGGCUCUAAUUUCGAUAACUCUGGUAUAUCCCUACUAGAUCUUCGUUCACCAUCUUCAACUACCACAACUAAUAACUUAUACACUCCAAAACUGCCCAAUAGGCUUCAACACAAUCGACCAAUAAAAUCAUUAGCUUGUGAAUGGAUUGAUGAAUUCACUAUUGCACAAUGUUUUAAUGAUACCGUAAAGAUAUGGGAUAUCAGGAAUAAUGAUGAACCAAUUUGUGAUAUCUUACCACAGCGUGGUAUAGUAGAAUCCAUAGUUUACGACGAAAGUAAGAAAAUACUAUAUUCCUGUGAUGAUUUCAAUAAUUUAAUCUCUUGGGAUUUGACUCAUUCUAAUAAAGUGGAUAAACUUACAUUGGCACAAGGCUGGGAUUCUAUUCAAAAAGACAUGGAUAGCGUUAGCCAAUGCGGUAAUUUCCUUUUCAAUUCAAAUAACGUAAAAAGUAAUGGUCCAAUUUUAAUGGAAAAUUCUUCAACUUUGAAUGGUUUAAUCACCUUAAGCUUAGAAGAAUUGGGUAUCCAUGAAAUAUGUGAAGUUAAACAUCCAAUUACUAAUGAUCUGGCCCAGUAUGAAAUAACACACGAGAAAGAAGAUGCAACAGAGGAUGUUUCUUUGGAUUCAUCAUCAACGAUAGUUGGUACCCUUGAUCAUGAUUACGUGGAUAGUGGGGCAGAAACUAAUCAAAUGUCUUUAUUCUCCACAUCAAUUCCAUCUGAUCUGGAUGAUUCUUCUUCAAUAGAAAUAGCGCAUGAAACAAGCAGUUCAGGACAGGUGAAACCCAUAAUACCCAAUAAAAUAAAUGACAUUACCGGAAUAUAUUCUUUAAAUAAGUUGAGCGGUUCAACAAUUCAGUUAUAA